AUGGCCUCCACAUCAAGCCAUCCUCUCGCCUUCGUCGGCAGCAACCCUUUAGUCAAGACCGUUUCCGAUGCGCUGGGCUUAUUCCAGGAGCGACGCGCAAAGCUUGGCCUGUCAAACCCCGGCACCGUCGAGAACCUGGCCAAGGAGGUCCAGCGCGAUGUCCUCCUCAACAACUACAUGUUCACUGGCCUGCGCGCAGACCUCACCAAGGCCUUCAGCCUGAACCCCCUCUUCCAAGUCUCACACGCCUUCGCGCUGGGCGAGCGAUCAAACCCUUACACCUUCGCAGCCCUCUACGGUACCAACAAGGUUUUCUUGCAAGGGAACAUCGAUAAUGACGGACAGCUUUCCACGAGAGCCAACUGGAGAUGGUCGCCCUCGCUCGUCUCCAAGACCCAGUUUCAAAUCGGCACCGGCGGCCAGGACAUGGCGCAGCUUGAAUCCGAGUAUACUGGCAAUGACUUCACCCUCAACGUCAAGGCCCUCAACCCAUCCUACCUCGAGGGCGGCCUCACCGGUAUCUUUGUCGGACAGUACAUGCAGGCGGUCACCCCGAAACUUGCUUUGGGUCUGGAGGCUAUGUGGCAACGUCAAGCCUUGAGCCAACCCCCAGAUGCGGCGCUGGCGUACUGCGGAAAGUACAGGGCCGAAGACUGGGUGGCCACGGCGCAGAUGGCCGCAAACGGUGCCAUAAACACGACUUACUGGAGGAAGCUGUCCGACAAGGUACAGGCAGGUGUCGACAUGACCCUGACCCUCUCUGGUGGCCCUGCGGCAAUGAUGGGAGGCCCCCUGCAGAAGGAGGGUGUGACGACCUUUGGUGCCAAGUACGACUUCCGCAUGUCCACCUUCCGCGCCCAGCUGGACUCCAAGGGAAAGCUGAGCUGCCUGCUCGAAAAGCGCGUCGCCGGGCCCGUCAUGAUGACCGUGGGUGCUGAUGUGGACCACGCCACGCAAACCGCGAAGCUCGGCCUGGGCAUCUCCAUCGAGACCGGCGGCGAGGAGUUGCAGGAGCAACAAGAGUUGCUCGGCGCCCAGCCAUCUCCCAACAUCCCCUUCUAAGGGGUUAUUUGAACCUGAAAGCGACAAGUCCUCUCUGCGCUCGUCCAACGACUCUCCACUCUGCUCCGAUGACCCUAUAUCACCACAUACCAUUUACACGCCCAAAAUCUGAAGGGGCAGGCGAGCGCACCCAAUGAGACACAUCAAAUCGAUACAAGAAGGAUGUUAAAUGUUGACUCUUGUUGACAAGAAUGUGUUCCAGAAGGGUUCAGGCCAUGAAUCAACUCUGAUGGAUCUCCGUUGCCUAGCCGGACCAGAGGUACUGCCCCUUUCACAUAGCAUAUUUUAUGAUUUUCCGAACAUGUUUUCCGCCUAAAGUGGGGAUGUAGAUGUGUGUGGCUCUCCAGGUAAUCGAGACGGCUCGUGGAUCUCGGGGAGGGGAGGGCUGAAUCAACGGCGCUGGGCAACGGACAGAAACAACGGUUUGGAAAGCCUCAGACGUUAGUGAAUUGGGAUGAUGACUUACUUCAUCUCAGGCUUCAAGAGUCGCAGAAAAUCAGAAGGAAAAUGAGGAGUUGUUUCCAAGUCUUUACCUGGAGGAAGAAGAGAGGGGAGGGGAUACCGUGAUUGCCGGUGAGACCAGCAAUCUCUGAUCCCCAACCAAAUUUUAUUGUAAAAAUAGUACUAGUGCCAUACCCUCCAUUGUAACUACUAUCUCC